AUCCACCAAGCUCUCAUUUAUAAGCUAAUGUUCUGCUUCCAAAAUUUUUUGUUGUGAGGGUUCUUCAGGAAUAUUUAGAAGAAACAGAAGGCAGGGAAAGGCAUAAACAUGGGUAGGAAAUUAGAUGCUUUGCUUGGAAGAAACUUCAACACCUCCAAGUUUAAAACUCUCGCCAAACUUGCCAUCUCUAGGAUUAGUAUCCUGAAGAACCAGCAUCAAGUCCGGUAUUCCCAUGCCAGGUCUGAUGUGAUUGAACUCCUCAACCUUGGUCACCAUGAACGAGCCCUUCUUCGGGUAGAGCAUGUGAUCAGAGGACAAAAUAUGGUGGAUGCAUUCACCAUAAUGGAAAGCUACUGUCAUCUGUUGAUAGAGAGAGUCACGCUCAUUCAAAAGAACAAGGAAUGUCCUGAUGAACUGAAGGAGGCAACAUCAAGCUUGAUGUUUGCAUCAUCAAGAUGUGGAGAAUUCCCAGAGCUUCUUCACAUUCGUGGGGUCGUAUCAUCGACUUUUGGGAAAGAAUUUGUUGCUCGUGCUGUUGAAUUGCGCAACAAUUGCAGUGUGCAUCCUAAUAUAAUACAGAAGCUUUCGACACAACGACCAAGCUUGGAAAACAAAUUGAAAAUGCUUAAGGAGAUUGCCUUCGAGAGGGGUAUCACCUUGCAUUUGGAGGCAGUGGUUGUAGAGGAGAAACUGGAUGUCAAUGAGAAGCAGGAUGAACACGUUGCUGAUAAAUCUGCAAAACUGGAUGAUCCUGAGCACAAAGAUACAGCCAAUGAUUUGCCAAUAGCAAUAAACCUAGAUGAAAAUUUGUCUGAGUCAAUAAAAGCAAGGAAAAAGUACAGAGAUGUAGCUGAUGCUGCUCUAGAGGCUUUUGAAUCAGCAGCUUAUGCAGCAGCAGCUGCAAGAGCCGCGGUUGAACUCUCAAGAGCUGAAUCCCAAGACUUUGAUCCAGAUGACGAAAAUGGUUCGAGCCAUAAAAAAGGAGAAUUUGAUGAUUCUGAUGCAAUACCUGAUUUUUCAAAGCCAGGACAUGCAGCUUCAGAGGGAAUUGAUUACUCAAGGAAUGCCUUGGGAUUUGAAAAGAUCCCUCCCAUUGACAACUUUACCUCAGAAUCAGAAGAUGAAGGCAUGGCAAGGACAUUUUCUACUUGUAGUUCAGAUUCUGAUGUAUCCAUUUCAGCUGAGAAGAAACUGUCUUUGGAUAUAUUGAGACAGAAUCAAGCUUUGGGUGAUGAAUUAGCCAUUGACAUAGUUAAUACUGGUAGGAAGAAGGAAAAGGAGGAGACACAAUGGCCAAAGCCCCAUGAUCACUUGAGCUCUGAUAUUGGUUUGAGCUUAACUACAACCGAAGACCAAUACAUUGGACAGAAUGAAGUAAUCAAUGAGGACGAAAGCAAGUUUGCCUAUCAAUCGUCAAAGCUUUCAAACACUCAGAGCCUAAAUUUUGAACAGCAAUUACAUGCACAGCAUUCACAUCUAAACAAAAAGUGGGUGUCAAUGAGGACUAGAAGACAGCAUAGGAUUUGAUUUUUUUUAAUUAGUUGUGAAAUUUUGCUUCUUCAUGCUAAUCUCUUUAUUUUUUUCCCAAAUAAAUUUUUUAUGGUAUUAAAUUUUAAUUAAAUUAUUAUUUCAUACUGGAAAUAAAUAUCAAAGAAUUUGGAUAAUUAGUUGUUA